GAGACCCAUAGCUCUGUGGCUUGGAGAACUUGAACUCCGUGUUCAGCCGGGCGUCUCGCUCCCUCCUUCCUGCACCAUGCCUUACAACUGCUGCCUUCCCAACCUGAGCUGCCGCUCCACAUGCAGCACCCGGCCCUGCGUGCCCCCCAGCUGCCACACCUGUACCCUGCCCGGGGCCUGCAACAUCCCCGCCAACGUGGGCAACUGUGGCUGGUUCUGCGAGGGCUCCUUCAAUGGCAGCGAGAAGGAGACCAUGCAGUUCCUGAACGACCGCCUGGCCAGCUACCUGGAGAAGGUGCGCCAGCUGGAGCGGGAGAACGCGGAGCUAGAGACCAGGAUCCGGGAGUGGUGCCAGCAGCAGGUGCCCUUCGUGUGCCCCAGCUACCAGUCCUACUUCCGGACCAUCGAGGAGCUCCAGCAGAAGAUUCUGUGUGCCAAGUCUGAGAAUGCCAGGCUGGUGGUGCAGAUUGACAACGCCAAGUUGGCCUCUGAUGACUUCAGAACCAAGUAUGAGACGGAGAUGGGCUUGAGGCAGCUGGUGGAGUCGGACAUCAACGGCCUGCGCAGGAUCCUGGACGAGCUGACUCUGUGCAAGUCUGACCUGGAGGCCCAGGUGGAGUCCCUGAGGGAGGAGCUGCUGAGCCUCAAGAAGAACCACGAGGAGGAAGUCAACACCCUGCGCUGCCAGAUCGGAGACCGCCUCAACGUGGAGGUGGAUGCGGCCCCCACCGUGGACCUGAACCGCGUGCUCAACGAGACCAGGAGCCAAUAUGAGGCCCUGGUGGAGACCAACCGCAGGGACGUGGAGGAAUGGUUCACCACCCAGACCGAGGAGCUGAACAAGCAAGUGGUGUCCAGUGCGGAGCAGCUGCAGUCCUGCCAGGCGGAGAUCAUCGAGCUGAGACGCACGGUCAACGCCCUGGAGAUCGAGCUGCAGGCCCAGCACAACCUGAGGGACUCCCUGGAGAACACGCUGACGGAGACCGAGGCGCGCUACAGCGCCCAGCUGGGCCAGGUGCAGUGCAUGAUCACCAACGUGGAGUCCCAGCUGGCCGAGAUCCGCUGUGACCUGGAGCGGCAGAACCAGGAGUACCAGGUGCUGCUGGACGUCAAGGCCCGGCUGGAGUGUGAGAUCAACACGUACCGGGGCCUGCUGGAGAGUGAGGAUUGCAAGCUCCCCUGCAACCCAUGUGCCACAACCAAUGCAUGUGACAAACCCAUUGGGCCUUGCGUCACCAAUCCUUGUGUCCAACGUGCUCGGUGCGGGCCUUGCAACACCUUUGUGCGUUAGAAGCCCCGGUGCCAGCAGGAGGAGAAGGGUUUCAGUCACAUGUCAACUCUACUUCAUGCAAGCAUCUCCUAUGGUGACCACAAUUUGGACAAAGGAAAAAUUUCUACCAGCACCAGCUUCAAAGUGUCAACUCUACCUUCUACUGAUUUGCCUGGCUUGAUCCUUUAGAUGGCAAAGUCUGUACCAGUUCGUUCAUCUUCUGAGCACAUAGAGAAAUCUACAACAGAAUCGUGCAAUAUCUAUUAUCACGAUGACGCACUCGUGUAACAAGUUAUGCUUGAACAAAUACUUACCUAAAUGUGAUUUCAAAAUAAUUACAUGAAAGAAUGAUGGAGCUGAUGGGCAGGCUACAAAACUGAACAUAAUUGGAAAAAAAUCUUCCUUGUCACUCUUUUGGUCUUUGGAGAUACUACAGUACGGGUCCCUUAUUAACUUCCUAAUAAACUCUUAUUCUGGCACAAACCUAA